AGGGCGGGGGUGAAUAAUGUUGUCUCACACCUUCUCACUUUUAGCGAAAAGACAACAAGUUACCUUCGUCCAUCAUCUCUCUCCCUCUCUCUCCCCCACUUUGAGUCACAUCUCGCCGCCUCGACUUGCGCGAUACAGUCGCUCUCCGCCGGUCCAAGCGGAAGCGAGGCCGCCAUUUUUAUUUUUUUCCCCCAACCAGUCAAACUUUUUGCUGGCUAGCCGUCGGAAGCUAGCAAGGGGCGAGCGGGGACGGAAGCCCCCCGCAAUGAGCGCCCUCGACCCCGCUCCACGUCCACCUCGCGUCGGCUUAAGGAGGACGUAGAGAGACGGCGGGAAGAAGGUUGCCGUGUUAGCAUCGGCUAACGUGUUAGCAUCGGCUAACGCGCUAGCCGAGCCGAAUCCGACGCUUUGAUUUCUCUGAACGGAGCCCCGCUUCUCCGGGAAACACCCCACCGGCACCACUUCUCAACCCUGCGUGGACUCGUCGCCCUCCCCCCCAGAGCCCGCCAACUCCCGCAGAUGACUCUCCGGCUGCCCCGGCAUAGCUCAGCACCCGCACCGUCCCGUCCCGUCUGCGCGGGCGACACGGCGCCCCUCUAAGCAGGAUGCCGUCCUCCGUGCGGGCGGGGAGCCUGAGGGAUCCGGAGGUGGCCGAUCUUUUCUUCAAGGAGGACCCGGAGAAGCUCUUCUCCGACCUGCGGGAGAUCGGCCAUGGCAGCUUUGGCGCCGUCUACUUUGCGCACGACGUGCGCACCAACGAGGUGGUGGCCAUCAAGAAGAUGUCGUACAACGGGAAGCAGUCCAUCGAGAAAUGGCAGGACAUCAUCAAGGAGGUGAAGUUCCUGCAGAGUAUCCGCCAUCCCAACAGCAUCGAGUACAAAGGGUGUUACCUGCGGGAGCACACGGCUUGGCUGGUGAUGGAGUACUGCUUGGGCUCCGCCUCCGACCUGCUGGAAGUCCAUAAGAAACCUCUGCAGGAAGUGGAGAUCGCCGCUAUUACCCACGGUGCACUGCAGGGCCUGGCCUACCUGCACUCACACAACAUGAUCCACAGGGACGUGAAGGCGGGGAACAUCCUGCUGACGGAGCCCGGGCAGGUCAAGCUGGCAGACUUUGGCUCCGCCUCCAUCGCCUCGCCCGCCAACUCCUUCGUGGGGACGCCGUACUGGAUGGCGCCCGAGGUGAUCCUGGCCAUGGACGAGGGCCAGUAUGACGGGAAGGUGGACGUCUGGUCCUUGGGCAUCACCUGUAUCGAGCUAGCCGAGAGGAAGCCUCCUUUAUUCAACAUGAACGCCAUGAGUGCCUUAUACCACAUAGCGCAGAAUGAGAGCCCCACACUGCAGUCCAGUGAAUGGACUGAUUACUUCCGGAACUUUAUCGACUCUUGCCUUCAGAAAAUCCCGCAGGACAGACCGCACUCUGACGACAUGCUGGGUCAUGCAUUUCUGCAGAGGGAGCGUCCGGAUUCAGUUCUGAUGGACCUCAUUCAGAGGACCAAGGACGCCGUGCGUGAGUUGGACAACCUGCAGUACCGCAAGAUGAAGAAGAUCCUCCUCCAGGAGACCCACAACGGACCAGCACCGGAAGCCCCCGAUCCGGACGAGGAGCUGGAGCCGGGCGGCGGGCGCACCGGCACGGUGAACAGCGUGGGGAGCAACCAGUCCAUCCCCAGCAUGUCCAUCAGCGCCAGCUCUCAGAGCAGCUCCGUCAACAGCCUCAACGAAGCCGCGCAGGACAGCCGCAGCGAGCUGGACCUGAUGGAGGGAGACCACACCGUCAUGUCCAACAACUCCGUCAUACACAUCAAGCCGGAGGGCGAGGAGGUUCUCCCCGGGGAUCAGGCGGCCGGCGCUCAGCCGUCUGAGCCUCAGGCCACCGCAGUUCAGCCCACCCGUAGGCGGGAGCGCGACAAGCACUUUGCUACCAUCCGCACAGCUUCACUGGUGACGCGUGAGAUGCAGGAGCACGAGCAGGACUCUGAGCUCCGGGAGCAGAUGUCGGGGUACAAGCGCAUGCGGCGGCAGCACCAGAAGCACCUGAUGGCCAUGGAGAACAAGCUGAAGGGCGAGAACGACGAGCACAGGCUGAGGCUGGACAAGGAGCUGGAGAGCCAGAGGAGCAACUUCACCCAGGAGAUGGACAAGCUGCUCAAGAAGCACCAGGCCUCGCUGGACAAAGACCUGAAGACGUUUGCCAACGACGAGAAGAAGUUCCAGCAGCACAUUCAAGUGCAGCAGAAGAAGGAGCUCAGCAACUUCCUGGAGUCUCAGAAACGAGAGUACAAACUACGCAAGGAGCAGCUCAAAGAGGAGCUGAGUGAGAACCAGUCCACUCCCAAGAAGGAGAAGCAGGAGUGGCUGUCCAAGCAGAAGGAGAACAUCCAGCACUUCCAGGCGGAGGAGGAGGCCAACCUGCUGAGGAGACAGAGACAGUACUUGGACCUGGAAUGUCGACGCUUUAAGCGCAGGAUCCUCAUCACCAGACACAACGUGGAGCAGGACCUGGCCCGGGAGGAGCUGAACAAGCGUCAGACCCAGAAGGACCUGGAGCACGCCAUGCUGCUCAGACAUCACGAGUCCAUGCAGGAGCUGGAGUUUCGCCACCUGGCCACCAUCCAGAAGGCUCGGGCCGAGCUGAUCCGCACCCAGCACCAGACAGAACUCACCAACCAGCUGGAGUACAACAAGAGGAGGGAGCGCGAACUCCGCCGCAAACACUUCAUGGAGGUCCGGCAGCAGCCCAAGAGCCUCAAGUCCAAGGAGCUGCAGAUCAAGAAGCAGUUCCAGGAGACGUGUAAGACCCAGACCCGGCAGUACAAGGCCCUCCGCAACCACCUGCUGGAGACCACUCCCAAGUGUGACCACAAGGCGGUGCUGAAGAGGCUGAAGGAGGAGCAGACCAGGAAGUUGGCCAUCUUGGCCGAGCAGUACGACCACUCCAUCAACGACAUGCUCUCCACGCAGGCGCUGCGUCUGGACGAGGCUCAGGAGGGCGAGUGUCAGGUCCUGAGGAUGCAGCUUCAGCAGGAGCUGGAGCUGCUCAACGCCUACCAGAGCAAGAUCAAGAUGCAGACGGACGCGCAGCACGACAAGGAGCGCCGAGACCUGGAGCAGAGGGUCAGCCUUCGCCGGGCCUUGCUGGAGCAGAAGAUCGAGGAGGAGAUUCUGACGCUCCAGAACGAGCGCUUGGAGAGGAUCCGCUCCCUGCUGGAGCGCCAGGCCCGGGAGAGCGAGGCCUUCGACUCGGAGUCCAUGAGGCUGGGCUUCAGCAACAUGGUCCUCACCAACCUGGCCCCCGACUCGCAGGGCGGCUGGGGGGGAGGGGCCGGCGGAGGCCACAGCGGGGCAGGACACUGGCCCGGGGGCGGCGGAGGCGGCGGCCAUCACAGUCAUCAUCAGCAGCAGCAGGGCGGGUCCGGCUCCCAGCAGCCUUGGGGUCCGCCCAUGAUGGCCGGGGGCCCGCCCCCUUGGAGCCACCACCAUCUCCCCGCAGCGGGGGGCCAGAGGGCGGCUGGCGCGGGAGCGGCGAGGAGCAGCCCGCAGGCUCUGAGGAGGACGUCCGCUGGGGCGAGGAGUGACCAGGGCAUGAGCAGGAGCGCCAGCAUCACCUCCCAGAUCUCCAGCUCCUCACACCUGUCCUUCACCUAGCAUCAUGCUAGUGUCAAAUAGCAUUCUUUUACCGCCAUGUUAGCAUCAACAUGCACACUGUAGGCAGCAAGUGAAGAAGCCCCACAUAGAAAAACAACAAAGCCACGUGCUAAUUUGCUAGUUAGCCAAGAAUGAGUUGGUGCCAAGCAUUGUGUGGACAGGAAGUGACGUCACAUUAGGUUGGAUUUAAAAAAAGCUGCGCGCUAAUUUUAUACGCUGGACAGGAAGUGACGUCAUGUUGGGGCAGAUUUUUUUUUUUUUUUUAAAAGCCACGCGUUAAUUCUUCUAAGUAGCUGAAAAUGAGCUGUUGCCGAGCAUUGCGUGGACAGGAAGUGACGUCACGGUGGGAUGGAUUUAAAAAAUAAAUUAAAAAAAGCCGCGUCCUAAUUUGCUAUGAGCUGGUGCCAAGUAUAGCGCACGCUAGUUAAAGAGGAAGUGACGUCACGUUGGGAUGGAAAAAAAAAAAAAAAGCAGAGUCCUAAUUUUUAUCUAAUUUUUUUUUCUUCAUUUUUUUAUUUGUAUAAUUUGUUUUUUUGUUAAUUUUUUUCUUUAUUUUUUGUAUUUUAUUUUAUUUAUUUAAAAAAAUAAUUUUUUUUUAA